CCCGACAUGCUCAUCUCGACCUCAUUUGAGCAGUAGUUUGGCGCCCUCCAGACCCAGCUUAGGCCACUUGUGGCAAUGCGUUUACUGUGCCUAAUUUACGGCUCCAUGGACCCCUAAUCGCGGCCAUAGCGCUGCUGGACCGAUGCGCUAUCAAAAGGAACCCGUCUGCCCUCGAUGCGCUCCUUUGCGCAAGGCUUCUGUACGUCGACAACCUCGCACGCCCCAAACCUCCCGGCCUUUGUGCCAUAGUCACUCGUUUUGCGUUACGCUCUCUUACUCUAAUAAUCGUCACUCGCUCACCUACCUAUAACGAAUAAUCAUUGCUCCGGCACUCUAAACAUCAAGUAAACAAGACAAAAUGAAGGGCGCAAUUGUUGCAGCACUCGUUGGGUCUGCAGUCGCAGCAUCCCACAAGGCCCACGCCGGUUUCCACCUUCGUCGCAAUGGUGGCUACCCCGUAGAGGAGGGCGUCUGCAAGACGGUGACCACCACCGUAUACGUGACAGCCAGCGCUCCCACCUCAUCGGCCCCGGCGCAAAUUUCUUCAGUGGUCGUAGUGCCGUCUCCUGUCCCGGAGACCUCGACUUCUUGCACUGAGGAGGAGCACUCUUCGGCUGCUUACACUCCGGCUCCUGUGCCCUCGACCUCUGAGAAGCCUGUAGCGCCAUCUUCCGCCUACGUCCCUGUGGCACCGGCACCAUCUUCUCCUGCGGGUUACGUUCCGGCUAAGCCCUCCAGCUACCACGCUGCUCCCCCGGCAUCCACUUCUAAGGCUGCCCCUAAGCCCAAGCCCAGCAAGCCCAGCACCCCCUCGUACGGUGCUGGUACCUGGAACAAGCCCAAUGGCAAGAAGUGGGCCAUCACCUACACCCCCUACACCAAGGGCGGUGACUGCAAGUCCCAGACGGAGGUCAACACCGAUGUUGCUAAGAUCGCUGAUCUCGGCUACGUUGCCAUCCGUGUCUACAGCACCGACUGCGGUGUCUUCGAGAACGUCAUCCCCGCUACCCAGAAGUACGGCAUGCAGGUCAUCUACGGCAUCUUCCUCGAUGCCGCAACUGCCCCCGGCUCCCAGGGCGCCAACGAGCAGCUCCAGGACAUCAUUGACAACGCCCCCAAGGACACCGUCUCCAUGCUGAUUGUUGGUAACGAGUACAUCUCCGGCCACGGUGGUGAUGCUGGUUCCCUCGCCUCGUACGUCGCUGCCGUCAAGACCAAGUGGAUUGCCGCCGGCUUCACCGCCCCCGUCACCACCACUGAGACCGUCGCCGCGUGGGAGCAGUACGGCAGCGCGCUCUGCGACGUCAUCGACAUCUUCGCCGCUCAGGUCCAGCCUUACUUCGACGGUGGCAAGACCGCCUCCGAGGCUGGUGACUUCGCGUACUCGCAGCUUGAGCAGGCCGCCAAGGUCUGCCCCGAGGCCGCUGCUAAGGGCAAGUUCAUCUCCGAGAUUGGCUGGCCCGCGGGCGGCUCCCCCAACGGCGUUGCCAUUCCCGGCAAGGCCGAGCAGAAGGAGGCCAUGCAGAGCAUCAUCGAGAAGGUCGGCGACCACGCCUGCAUCUUCUCGUACCAGAACGAUGACUGGAAGAACCCCGGCGCGUACAACGUCGAGCAGUACUUUGGCUGCGCCGACAACUUGUAAGCGCCUCUUUUGUCCAGGCUUCUGAUGGCGGCGCCGCUUUUGACCCGCCUGCGAUCCAUCGAAUCAAUUGUUUUACGUGUCUACGCUUUGCAUUGUUCGUGUGUGUGUGUGUGUGUCUUGUAGUGACGCUACCUAGUAUCUCUAGUGUUUAAUUUCCUAGCUCAUAUUUGUUGUCCUAUGGGUACGCUCCGACUGUAUCAUAGCGUCUGUCUGUAUGUAGCAAUGACAAGUCUCGAAUUCGACCUUGC